AUGACAGCAAUCACUGGCACGUUUGAGUCGCCAAUGCGGAACGCCACAAUGGAUGAUUGGAAUAAUCUGAACUGGGUCGCUUGCGGCGAUACGGGCGGUAGAAUACUUUGUACGGUUGGUGAGGAUCCACUGAGUAAUCUAGUAGGACAUUAUUUCUCCGUUCCAUUUGAAUUCGGUUUUCCCACUGUUUGGAGGACCAUCGUUCGUAACCUGAAGCCUGAUACGUGUUCAUUCCAGUGUCAUACACGAGAUGAAACAGAACAUCUUCUUAUGAUUCGUCGUGGUAUGGCCAGCGCUAAAUGGGCCGGUAUCGAUCUGAAAGACGCCAGCGAAGAUGAACUAUACCAAUUAGGACGUCAAGCUCACAAUUUAACUACUCUUUCCCAAACCACUGGUGAUUGCUUCGAAGUGGAUUUCGCCAGUUUGAUGAGACACCCUCUUCCGUGGAAACGCCGCUACACACUAUAUCAAGUUACAGGUUUCCACAUCCCAGCCGUCAAGUUUGCUACCGAUCAUAGGCUGUCACUUAAGAAAACUCGCUACCGCCACGAUGAUUAUGAUUUAUUCUGCCAUGUAUUCAAGGACGAAAAUGACGCGAAACAGAAGCUUCAAGAAUUUUGGAAACAUGAGCGGAUGCUCUCAUAA